AUGGCGUCCGCAAGCGAGCUCCCCAAGCGCGAUUCGGAACAGCUUCUACCGAUCCGGACCCAGAAAAAAGGCCCCGAUGACUGGAAGGGGCUCACAGACUCGAAGGAACGGCGACGGCGCCAGAACCGGAUCAACCAGAGAGCAUAUCGCCAACGCAGACGAGCCGAAAAGCUCGGCCUGACUAUCAAAGCCGAAGAAGCCGAGUCUAGCAUAAUAUCAUCCUCAUCAUCGCAAUCCCCACCCACAACAACAGCCCUAACCACCGCCGGACGACGCCCAUGUCCCACUCCGGACCAAACCGCCGCCCUCCUCGACCUCUUUAGCAAAACCGCCUACGAGAGCUACAUCCUUGGCUCCCCGACCUCCGACCACCUUCUCACCCUCGCCAAAGUCAACGUCUUCCGCGCCUUCGCCUCCAUCAUGUCCACCCUCGGCAUGCCCAAGCACCACGAGUGGAUGCACGACGACGCCAUCUCCCCCUUCACCACCCUCCGCCCCGGUUUCACCACCCCCUCCUCCAUCCCGCCGACCCUCCGCCCAACCCAACUCCAACAGUCCAUCCCGCACCACCCCUGGCUCGACUUCUUUCCACACCCGCGCAUGCGCGACAACCUCAUCCGCGCCGGCGACUUCGACGACGACCAGCUGUGCAUGGACAUCAUGGGGUUCUGGGAUAUGAGCACCGAGAGCUGCGGGCUGUUGGUGUGGGGGGAUCCGCAGGACCUGGCGAAUUGGGAGGUCAGCGAGGAGUUUAUUCGCAAGUGGCCGUGGGUGGUCGGGGGGUGUGGGGAGUUGUUGGUUUCGACGAAUCGGUGGCGGGCAACGCGGGGGGAGAAAUUGAUAUUUAGGUAUCUUUAG